AUGGAUCGUUUCAAAAGUCUUAUAGAUCAGAGAGUCCCCCUUAAAUAUAUAAAUAUUGAUCAUGAUAUGACAAGUUAUGACUGUCAAAUGAGUUUGAUAAAUUUUAUCAAGUCACAAUCCAGUCAAAAUCCAUUUUAUUUCAAAGGUUUAUUGUCGAAAUAUAUUAAAAUACUAGAAAAAUCAAAUGAAGAUGUUUUGGAUGCACUUUAUGAUUUGUUUCUAAAUCCAAAUAUCUUCAAUGCCAAAGAAAACUCACCAGAUACGCCUGACUUUAUAAAGUACCAUGUUAGUGGUUUUCAACAAAUUUCAGAGAAAGACUCUGACAACAUCAUCAUAAAAGAGCAACCAAGAUUAAUUUCUGGUAAAAAUACUACAGGGCUUAGAACGUGGGAGGCGGCACUAUAUUUAUCAAAUGGUUUAAAUGAAGAAUCUUCUUUAAUACCAUUCAAUCUUGAUGAUAAAACAAUUUUAGAAUUAGGAUGUGGAACAGGCUUGUUAAGUCUUUCCUUAGCAAAAGUUUACCAUAGGAAAACGAAAUUGAAGAGGAUCAUAAUGUCAGAUGGAUCAACAACAGUUUUUGAAAAUUUUUCAGAAAUCGUUAAGGUUAAUAAUAUUAAUGAUGAAAAUCUUAUAAAGUGUCAGCAAUUGAUAUGGGGAGAAGAAAACAUGAUCAAAGAGUCGAUAGACCUAGUGAUAGCUGCUGAUGUAACUUAUGACUCGACAGUUUUAGAUCCUUUAUGUCAAACAAUUGACGAUUUGUUCAAACAAAAUGACCUUAAAUUGACAUUGAUAGCUUGUACGAUCAGGAACAUAGAUACUAUCAAUUCAUGGGAAGAGAAAUUGGACAAGUGGUUUCCAAAUAGAUGGAGCAUUGCAAAGUCGGAGAAAAGUCCUGGUUUAAUGAGAUCAAUGUGUUUCUUUAAUCCAACUACCCCUGAAAUUCGUAUUUAUUCUAUAAAAAAUUGA